UUAAUACAGAACUCUUGUUUUAAAAUAAAAUGCAUCUCAUACUAAACUGUUCUCUGACUAAUUCUAGUGGUGUUUAAUUAACUUUGGUUUAAAAAAAAAAAAAAAAAGCAUGAGUGACUGUAUAUAAUAGAACUUCAUUUCCCACAAUGCAUGGCUUCCUCUCGAUAAACACACACACCCCUACACCCCUACACACCGAUCAGUCAGGAAGUCCAGAGCUGCGUCGCCACAAGGAUCAGGUGAAAAUGAGCGAGAGCGCAGAGGACAUGGAGUCCUCCAGAUAUUCUCAGGUGGUGUUUGUUGAUGUUCCUCGCUCCUAUCCACUCCACGCUGAUGUGAUCUGCUGUUACAGGUUGACGGGAGACCUGAUCCCCAGCGCUAAAGACUGGAUAGGCAUAUACAAGGUUGGCUGGGAUUCAGUACAGAAAUAUUCUUGUUAUCAAUGGGUGAAGCCUUGUUUGGACUAUAAAGGACUUGAUCCCCUUAAUCACCAAAUUGUCUUUAAGGAAUACUACCUCCCUAAAGAUGAUGGUGAGUUUUAUCAGUUCUGCUAUCUGGACAGCAGUGGUCAGGUGCGAGGAGCGAGCACACCAUUCUGCUUCCAAGACCCAGCAGAAACAAGCGCAGACUGCAGCCUUUUAGUGAUCUCAACACAGGAGCAAGUGGAGCAGAUGGAGAAGGAAAAAGAGGCCAUACUGACUGAAAUGGAACAAUUAAAAGACGAGAAAGCAAUUUUAAAAAAUGAGCUGGAUGAAAGACUGCAAGAGAUUCACCGUCUCAGGAUGUACAUUGAUAAGCUGAAGUCUAAUAGUACAGCUGAAACAUUUCCACUAAAAGAGCAGCCUGAAAGUCCGGCGCAGGGUACCCUAGAGCAGCCAUUUCUCUCUGACACUGUGACAGAAACCAAACCGGAACAAGAGUCACUGACCCCUGUCAAUGAAAAGUAUGAGAAAGCAUUGCUGAAGAUUACUAUGCUGAAGCAGGAGAAAGCACUGCUCGAAGAACAGGUCAAGGAGAAGGAUGCAGAGCUUUCAGAGCUGAGGCCUAGGGCCAAAAAGGCAGAGCAGGACUAUAACAGAUUACAAGAUCAGUUCCAACUUCAACAGGUUGAUAUGCAAAAUAUGCAGAAGGAGAAUGAAAGAUUGUAUGCUGAAAACAAGGGAAAUAAUUUGGAGCUGGAGAAACUGCAGGAAGAAAACAAGGCCUUACAUGCAAGUUUGUCCAAGCAAGGGCCCUCUGAGGGGGACAAAAGUGACACGAAGAUGCAGAUUCUGAAACUGACCGCUGAGCUUACAGAAGUCCGAGGGGCACUGCGCAAAGAGAUCCAAAACAGAAAUGAGACUAUUAAACGUGCAGAAAAAGCCGAGCUAGAGUUGAAAGAAUUUAAGAAGCAGCUUGAGAAAAGGACUGUGACUGAGGAAAGUGUUUAUUAAUAUUGCUUUAAUAUCAGUGUCUCUUCUUUUCAAUCAAAUGUUUUUAAAAUGCAUUCGGUGUUACAGUGUAUUUAGGAAGCUCAGGUAAGUUUUGGACACACCUUUCUCUAAUCUCUAGAAUAUGUAUUGUCGUUUCAGAUGGAGUUUGCUGAAGCUCGUAGGAGACUCAGCGAACAGGCAAACAUUGCAGAGGUGGCACGAUUAGAAAAAGAAAAGUUGUCUGAGGAAAACAAGAAACUCAAAGAUGACACAGAAAGGUUACAGAAGAUGAUAUAUGAGCUCUCCUCAGGAGCAAAUGUGAGCAACACUCAGCAGCAACAAACCCCUCUCAGUCCAGUACCUGUAUCUCCCGUCAGCCCCCAGCAGCAACCACAGUCAGACUCAUAUUACUAUGAGAACAUUCUUGAAACUUUUGGAAAUCCCACUAAUGUAGGAAGCAAGGCAAAGGUGUGCCGUCACUGCCAAGAGAUCUUUCCAGAUCUCACUGAAGAGGACCUGGUGAUACAUGAGCAGUCCCACAAGGUGUGCCCUUUCUGCACACUCAUCUGUGAUGACUGUGGACAACAGGAGUUUGAAGACCACGUCUACAGCCAUGAGGAAUAGACAUAUCACCUAUAUUCUCUUAUAUUUGCAUUAAUAACCCAGACGUUGCACAGUACAUGAUUUAAUAUUUCUAAACAUUUCUGACUACUUUAAACUUUUACUGUAAUUUUUUAUCUUCUGUCUUUUGAAGCUGUACAAGGUAUAAUAAAACGUAUAGUAAUACUCUUAGAAA